AUGGAAAUCGUGAUAAGAGAAAAAAAUUUUCAAGAAAUAAUCAGUGAAAUAUAUAUGAAUACACUAAAAAAACAUCGCAAUAUAGAUCGAGGGAAAGCCAACGAGCUACUUAAUUUAACAAUUAAUCCUUGGAAAGAGUCGGGUGCCAAAAAAAUUUUAAAUUACUUAACAAAAAAUUAUGGAAGCAAUGUUUAUACUGCUAAAGCUAGUACUUCAGCAUCUGCAAUGAAUGACGACGUUCUUACAACAUUGACACAUGAUACCAGCACUCUUACGGAAACAAUAACUCAAGAUGUUCUUGAUGUUUCUAGAAUUAGUACUUUCACAUCUGGUGAAAAUUAUGAAAGCAAAGUUCCUACUGCUAUAGCUAACACUUUAGCAUCUGCAAUGAGUGACGUUCUUAUAACAGUGAUACAUGACACCAGCACCAUUACAGAAACUAUAACUCAAGAAGCUCUUGAUGUUUCCACAUUUAAUACUUCGACAUCUGGUGAUAUUCCACAUGACGCUACUGCAGGUGCAAAGGAAACUUUAAUUGAUGAUCUUAAUCCUCCCAUAACAAAUAACGUUUCUGCAAAAUUGAUGCACAACACUAAUACUCCUCCUACGGCAGAUCUCAGGAAAACGUUAAGUGAGGAUGUGUCCAAUAUUUGUGCUACAAUGUCAAAUAUCAGAACAUCUUCUACCAGAGAAAUUUCAGACGAAGACUUUGAUGAUUUUACAUGGAUACAAUCAGUGGGGUAUGAACUGAGAGAAGAAGCACAAAACCAAAUAAUCCAAUGCAUAGAAUCAGAAAGCAACAUAAAAUUAUUAAUACACAAAUAUAAUGAAAUGGUAAAGGAGGUUUCUGAGUUGAAAGAAUCUGUGGGACGCAUGCAUUAUAAAAAUGAAUUGCUCGAAGCAGAAAAAAGGCUCCUGAAUUAUGAUAUCG